AGGGAGUGGGUUAUUUCUGAGCUCAGGGCCGAGGAUUAAGCGGUCGAGAACAGUCCCAAUACGAUGACAGCACGCACCACACCGUCCGGGACACGUAUUCUACCGAUUCUGACAAGCUAUUCUGUCUGCUCUCUCUCUUUAGUCACUUAAUUGUGUCCUCCCGGUUCACACCCCUGGUCUGUCUCUUUCAUUAGAACACGAGGUGAUUACCGUUAUUACAAAUUCUGAUUGGUCCUGAUGAUCACAAGGGCCCUCCUCCACCUCUUCUCGGCCAAUCCCGAUGGGUCUCCAGAGCUGAUGUCACAGAAGGUGAGAGGGUUUUCCUGUUCGGGAAUCCAGAAGAGACAAGCCAUACCACGUUAAAUGGAGGAGAAGGAGAGGAGUAGGAGCCGGUCUCCAUCUCGUAGCCGUAGGGCCAGCCGGGUGCAGCAGGUGGUGGGGACGUUGAUCAGACGCACUCGAGAAUCACUCAGCAGAGAGCGGAUCCUUGGGGAUGGGAGGUCUAACCGGUCAGGUAGUGUGUCCAGUCAGAACUUCCCAGUGAGGCUAACGGUUCAGAUCGUCAGAGACCCGGUGUUGGACUCCAGCGGUCAUGGGUUCACCCUCUCCAAACAGCACCCCCUGCUGGUCAGGGACGUGGCUACAGGUGGCCCAGCGGAUGGCAUACUGUACCCUGGAGACCAGGUAUUACAGAUGAAUGACCUGGUGGUAGAUGAUCUCAGCUAUGAACAGCUGCAAGACAUCACCAGGGACUUGGAGGACUCUGUCACAAUGACAAUCUUAAGGCACAUGACAGGUCCUAAGUCGUCCAUCAUGUCGGCGGAGAAGAGGGCUCGUCUGAGGAGUAACCCGAUCAAAGUGCGCUUCGCAGAGGAAGUGGUCGUCAACGGUCACACUCAGGGAAACUCUCUUCUGUUUCUGCCCAACGUUCUGAAGGUCUACCUGGAGAACGGACAGACCAAGGCCUUCAAGUUCGACGCUACCACCACCAUCAAGGACAUCGUUCUGACUCUGAAGGACAAGUUGUCUAUCCGCUGUAUUGAGUACUUUUCUCUGGUGCUGGAACAGCAGUACAGUAUCACCAAGCUUCUGCUGCUGCACGAGGAUGAGCUUAUACACAAGGUGGUGCAGAAGAAGGAGAACAGCAGCCAUGACUACAGGUGUCUGUUCAGGGUGUGCUUCAUUCCCAGAGACCCCCUGGAGCUGCUACAGGAAGACCCCACCGCCUUCGAGUACCUCUUCCUCCAGAGUGUCGGGGACGUUCUACAGGAGAGGUUUGCGGUGGAAAUGAAGUGUAACACUGCACUGCGUCUGGCUGCCCUGCACAUGCACGAGAGACUGGACAGCAUAGGCUCCACCCGGACCUCUAUCAAGAGCAUCACGAAAGAGUUUGGUCUGGACAGCUUCAUCUCUCCCACUCUGCUCAGUAACAUGAGAGAGAAGGACCUGAGGAAAGCCAUCAGCUACCACCUCAAGAAGAUCCACUCACUGCUGGAGCCACGACAGAAGGUGAUCUCAGCCACUCAGGCCCGGCUGGCCUACCUCACCCAGCUUGGAGAGCUCAUCUCCUACGGGGGCCGCUCCUACACAGCCACCAUGAUGUUGCAGGACCGGGAGGCGCUGGUCAGUCUGUUGGUGGGAGCGCGCUACGGCCUGAGUCAGGUGGUCAACCACAAGCUCAACAUGGUGUCCACCCUGGUAGACUUCAGCAGCAUCAGUAGAGUGGAGCUGCUCUCUGAGUCGGACAGAGUCAGCCUGCUACGCAUCUCACUGCACGACAUUAAGCCUUUUGCCUUACUGAUGGACUCUCUGGCAGCCAAAGACUUGGCGUGUCUACUGGGGGGCUACUGCAAGCUCCUGGUGGACCCCAGAGUGUGUGUGUUCCGUCUGAGACGCCCCAAGGUGCGGGUGCACAGGAUACCUGCUGAGGAAGGUGUGUGUGAAGGGAGGUUCGCCGUUAUAGAGGGAGUUUGCUAUGAAUCGCUGACAAGCUAUGUGUCCCGCUGCUGUAGUGACUCCGAUGACUCGUCUGACGAGGACUACCCCGCCGAGCCUCCACCGACGCACACCCGCAAACGCCACACACCCGCCAGCAAAGACAGGGAGGGGUGGAGGAGAGAAGAGGAGGAGCAGAGAGGAGCGGAGGGAAAGAAAGAGAGAGCUGAGAUAGAAGACGAAGAGAAACAAGAGGUGAAGAUCAUUGUGACGUCAGAGAAGGACAUGGAAGUAGAGGAAGAGAACGGAAGGGAAGUGAGAGGAAGAGAGAUAAAUCUAGGAAGUAAAGCUAACAUAGGAACAGUGGAACAGGACAUGGUGCUGGACACUAACUGGUACCACACAGACCCGCGGGUCAACAGUAGCUUCUCCAGCCUGUCCAGUGGCUCUCUGAGGGCUGCCUUGGAGGAGAGCAGCGCUGCAGCUCCAGCCAGAGGAGGAGGCCCAGCCAAGGCCUCCUCUCGCGUGGUCGCCCUGCGCGAGGACAGCCCCUCUCUCCGGUCCCAACGGCCGACUCAGGGGAUCACCACCCUGGAUGUCCACCACCCGUUCCUCCUGGAGGUCACAGCUCCCUCUCCUCAGUGUCAGAGAGUGGGCGCCGCCGGCAGCACGGCCUCCGCGCCCGUACGCCCCACCAACCUGAGUUACCGUAGCAAUGACAGCUCGUGCCUGUACUUCACCGAGCUCUCCAAGGGCAGCUACCUCCCCAGCCCCCCCGAGGCCACCAGCGACGAGGAGGAGAUGGAGGAAGUUGAGGAUGACGAUGAUGAGGAGGAACUGAGACGGCUCUCUAAGAUACCUAGUCACAUAGACCUGCGCCUCAUCGACAAGAUCUGUGCCCAGUCUAACAAAACUGCUUCCAACAACAAGUUAGACAUCCCCAGAAUCAUCCCCAACCACACCUCCUCCUGUGAAAAGAGGGCGGCUUGUAGCUCCACCCACAAAGGGGAGGAGAGUCUAUCAAGUCACUCUGGAGAUUCCGGGCCUUUCCUAACGCCUUCCCCUAACGCUCCUCCUCCUGUUGCUAGGGAAAGUGCCUCAGAGUCAGACGAUGAGUUCUUCGAUGCCCAGGAGCGGUUCACUCCUCCAGUUCCUCCUGAUGGCACAGAAAACAGUUUGGAUGCGGCUGACAAUAAUAGACACAGUAAACGCUGGAGUGGCACAGGGAACGGACUGCCAGUGGUACCAGAGAGGGAGCCUCCCUCACCCCUCAAAAAGAAGCACUCCUCACCUGACCACAAAAAACAGCAGGAGACCCAACAAGAUCCAAAGCUCCACUCAAACCAGUCUUCCACUCAGAGUGUCGAUGCCAAGACCAAGCCUCCACCAUUGGCCCCCAAGCCCCAGCUACCCCCCAAACCUGAACUGGCCCCUAAACCCGAACUAGCCCCCAAACCCCAGAUAGACCCCCAGAGGUCUCCCAAGCGUGGGGGUCCAUACGCCCACUGUAAUGGGGAUGCUCGUGGGGGCCACGCAGGGCUCCUGGAGAUAGACACCAUGGAGCCAGAAACAAUGGAGUUUAAAUCAGUCACCUCGGGGGCGGGGGGGCCUCCGCUCGCCUCCCCCCUCAUCACGGCUGUACGGAAGAACCAGCAACCCCCUGCUGGACCUCAGGCUGUGGAGAACGGGCUCAGGCAAGAGAAUGGGCCUAAAAUAGAGAACGGUUCUAAGCAAGAGAACAGUUCUAAGAUAGAGAACGGGACUCCUAACGUGCUUCCUAAGGAUCGUGUUCUGGUCACUGCUGACAAGCAGACAGCCAUGGUUGAAACUAAAACAAAUAGGAUUUCCAUGCUAAAGGGUGAGUUCCGAAACGGGGUUGGGGUGGACCCCCCGAAAAAGCUGCAAAGCUUGUCCCCCAUUCCACGUUCGGCUUCAGGAGAUGAAAUCAGGAUAAGCCUUACCACCCCUCCACCACUCUCUCCCAGAACUUCCCCUCCUUCUCUUCAUCCCCUAACAGUCCUCCCCAUCCCGGUCUCACCGAAAGAGAAAGAGGGGGUGUCCCCCCCGAACGGCCUCCACCCCUGGGGCAGUCGCAAUGGGAGCGCUCAGUCCGGGAGGAAGGUCUCUCUGAGUCAUGAGAACCUGUCGCCCAAAAACGCAGACGGCCCCCACAGUCUGACAACCUCCCUCACCAUUUCCUCCUCUAAAGGGACAGCGGGAGGUCCAGAGAGCACAGGGAGGUCAGGGUCAGGUUCAGACCUGAGGGUCAGUUCGUCCAGCCUGGGGGGCCGUCUGCCUACCUCAGCCCUGAGAGGGAGGAUCCAGGCCCUGCCCUGGUACAUGACCCGCUCCCAGGAGAUCCUGGGCACCCUGGACUACCCCUCCACCAGCUCUGUCAACGAGGAUGUCACAUCCGGGUACGGCUCCGGUCUUUCGGUCAGCGGAGCCUCCGAGGUCAGCAAGGUCACUGCCAAGGCAGUAGGUGAGACUGCAGCGGGUAAAGGGAAGAAGGAAGUGCUGGAGGAUGGAGCCGAGGUCGUCAUAGCGACCAUCAAAGAGUUCCAGGAAGUGACUCCCCGUGUGAAGGAGGCCAAUGGGACGAAUGGGUCGCACCCCAACCAGACCCUGAGAGAAAAUGGGGCGCACGUCUCUGAGCCCUAUGGGUUUCUGGGCUCCUGCAAGUCAGAGCAGCCCCAGUCCAGGCCCCACUCAGAGGUGGGUUUAGGGGGUGGUUCAGGCCCACCCCUAGAGGGGGACUCUCUGGUGCACACCCCUCCCCAGGCCCACCACGAGGCGUGUGGCUGCCGCACCGUCUACGCCAACUGCUUCAGCGGCGACGUGGAGGACGGCUGCGGCUUUGACGAGGAGCUCACAAUCUACGAGUUCUCCAAACGCACGCGCCCCAAACAAGCCCGCUCUACACCCCUGCCCUCCCCCACCUCCCCUGUCCCCUCCCCCAACAUCCUGUCCCUGCUGAGGGACACCCCUCGCCCUCUCUCCACCCUCUCCACUGCCUCCUCAGAGUUUAGCCCCCUCCUGUCCCACCCCAUCUCCCCAACGCCUCCUAUAGGCGCCCUGUGCUCCCUCACCAACAAACGCUACGUAGGGCUGAAGGGGGGCUUUGCCUCCCUGAGGCAGGACAUCGAUCAGCUAUGCCUGGUCCUGGAGAGAGGCACGGCUGGGCCACCACCAUCAUCAGAACCCUCCAAAACAGACCAGGAUGGGUGUAGAGAAGGGGGACCCAACCCAAACCAAGACGUGGGGCAAGAGGAGGGUCCGACCGCGUGCUGUGGAGGGGCAAGUCCUCUGCCCAUGACAGAGGCUGAGAGGAGUUUACUCCAGGCAGAGGCCCGGCGGUUGGCAACAGGGUGCCAGCGUGCCACACGUGUGGGCUGGGCUCCGGAGGAGGCGCUUCGUUCCUUAUCCAACAGCUUUAGUGCCCUUGUGCAGCUCUCCGCAGCCUGCCUGAGAACACACCCCUGUCCUGGCUGUGACAUCUGCCGCAAUGAGGGUCAGAUCCAGAGCGCUGAUGAUGAGGGCCAGGAGGAGGCUCUGGACAAGCUGAAGGAGAUCGUAGGGCUGUACCGGGAGUUUGUUGGGGCUGUGGAGACGGCUGAAACCAGGGCUGGGGCUGGCGGUGGGACUGGGUCUGGGGAUGGACAGGGGCAGGGAGAGGGUGAGGGGGUGAGGCUGCUGGCCAAACGCUGCACGGUGCUCAUCUCUUCCGUCUUUGCGCUCACGCAGCUGUUCAGGACGCACUCGCCGGACACCACAGACCUGGCAGGUCAAACACAUCUCCACUUUUGACCUCUGAACUUUUAAAACCCCUCCUCACCAACAGGACUGAGGUGAGAUGAGGGGAGGACUUAGUAAGAGAAGGGAGGAGGAUGAAGGGCUGUUGACACGAUUCUUUAGCAUUGUGGGAUCCUCUGUGUGCCCCUACAUACAGUACAUACACACUUGUACAGUAAGUGCCAUGUACACCACAGCACACACACACACACACACACACACACACACACACACACACACACACACA